GUCGCCAAAGCACACGCACAGCACGCACGCCGCCGCACAACGCCCCCCAAGUCCCGCCUCUGCAGCAGCCAAGUGCGCUGUAUCGGCAAGGGCGCAGGGACACGCAUGGGUUGAAAGAACGGUCAAGAUUGAUUGAUUAAAUGCGUGCGUCUACGGCGUCUACGCUGGAAAAUACCAGAGAGUGGGAUCUGUGAGGGCCCGUCUGGCAUCUCUCCCACGCCUCCUCACUUCUCCUCACUCGAGACCCAUUCCACCCCGCAAAUCUUGUCAAUGCCGAUGACCUCAAAGCGCGUCCCGUGAGAUGACGAGGGAGCUGCCCUUUGCACUCGGGCUUGUCCCCGCGGCGUUGCGUGUGACCUUUUUUCCGGCGGUGGCGCGUCCUUUUUUUUGUUUUUCCGAUUGCUUUUUCCUGGUCCCUUUUUCCCUGGCGCGGCGGGAUCGAGGGAAGAAAGACAAAUGGCGUAGUUCAAGGAGUGGAAGGGGGGGGGAAUUGCCGGUGGGGUCUACCGUGACGUUGCGGACUCUUCUUUUUCCCACGCUUGCUUUUUAAUUUAUUUAUUCAUCUGACAUUAAAUAUUUCCGCCCAUUAUUUUUUUAUUAUCCUUAGAGCAUUUUUUGAGUCAUUAGGUACGCUUGGAGGGCGGCUAGCUAGAAAUCCUGACAAGGAGGGGCGUGUACUCCGCAGUGCUUGCGCGAAAAAUGAUGCCUGGAGCUGUCUUGCUAAACAUUAAGGCUAACGUACGGCCGGGUAAAUUGGGGCACGAGGAGGCGGUGUCAGUUGUCUCGUCCCCGGCACCUUGUCGGUGGGAGGGGGAAUUGAUUGCUGGACGCAAUUAAUUGAAUAAUAAAUCAAUUCAAAUCAAUUGGGUUCAAUUAGAACGGUGCGGGGACAGAUGCCUCGGGGAUCAAUGGACCCUGCAUGAAAUGGGGGCUGGAGAUGUGUCGGCCUUGUGGAGGGACGUGCCU